AAUGAACCAUACUACUGGUACAAAAUCCUUUGCAAGAGUGCGGGAAGAAUAUGUAUGGAUUGUACAUUUUCAAGAGAUGAUUAAUUUUAAAUAAUUAUAUUUAUUUUUAGUAUGAGGUUUGCUUAAUUUGUUUGUAUGAAAUUUUAUUUUUGAUAAAGCGGAAGAAGCAUGGGAAAGAAGCAGAUCCUGUAACCUUUUUUCGUGAAUGUCAUACACGAAAAGAUAAAUCAUGGAUUGAUGAAACAUCGGAGCGUACAGGGUCAACAAUGGAGAGCAACCUGCAAACAUUGAUUGAGUCGGGCCAAGACGAUAAUGAAGAUCUUAGGACCCAAGUUUAUGUUGAUACUAUGGGUCCUGAGAGGUAUAAUAGAGUCAGAGGAUACGGUCAUGGUGUGACUCCUGAUAUGGUGUCUUAUGCAUCUUCUGCAUCUUCUACAUCAAUUUCCUCUAGGAGAUCAUCUAAGAGUUCAAUGGCGUUGCUAAUGACUCAAAAUAAUGAGUUGAAAAUGAGAGACGAAAAUAAUAAUAAACGGAUUUCGGACCUGGAGAACAAGCAAAAUCAGUUGUUUGCAUGGUUUUUUCAAAGAUUUCAGCCACAACCACCAUAUAGCCCGGGAACCCAACAAUCAGGCCACAGUCAACCUCCUCAACAGUCGGGCCAAAGUCAGCCUUCCCCUGCAUAUCCGUAUGCUGGCAAUAAUCAGCAACCUCUAUAUCCUGUGUAUCCGAUGCCUGCGCAGCCCAUGCCAUACAUGCAGCAGCCGCCCAUGCCAUACAUGCAGCAGCCGCCUUAUCAAGUGCCAGUAUAUCGACCUGAGAUGGCUGCUCCUAGUGGAUCUUUUCCGGAAGUUCCAGUUGGGGGGUUUUCUGGAAUGCUUGCAGGUGUUGGAUUUGAUGUGGACUUGUCGAGGAUUUUUGGAUCAGAUGGAGGAUCUCAAGAAGGAGGAUCUCAAGGAGGAGUAUCUCAAGGAGAAGAUUCUCAAGCAGAAGGAUCUGGACGACGUUCAGGCGCAGAUUCGGUUGGGUAG